UGAAUGUAGGGAAUCGCACAUCCAGCACGUGUCCUUUCCGUCAUGGCUCCGAAGGCGAAGAAAGAAGCUGUGCCCGCUAAGACCGAGGCUAAGUCCAAGGCCUUGAAGGCCAAGAAGGCUGUUCUGAAAGGAGUCCACAGCCAACAGAAGAAGAAAAUGAGGACUAGCCCUACCUUCCGUCGCCCCAAGACUCUGCGUCUGAAGAGGCAACCUAAAUACCCCAGGAAGAGCGCACCUCGCCGCAACAAGUUGGAUCAUUAUGCCAUCAUCAAAUUCCCCCUGACCACCGAGUCUGCCAUGAAGAAGAUUGAGGACAACAACACCUUGGUCUUCAUCGUUGACGUCAAGGCCAACAAGCAUCAGAUCAAGCACGCCGUCAAGAAGCUGUACGACAUCGAUGUGGCUAAGGUCAACACACUCAUCAGGCCCGAUGGGGAGAAGAAGGCAUACGUUCGUCUGGCACCAGAUUAUGAUGCCCUGGACGUUGCUAACAAAAUCGGCAUUAUCUAAGCAGUCUGCUGAUAACUGUCAAAAAAAUAAAA